CGCAGAAUUGUAAAGUGGCAUGUCAGUGAGUGAUAUGUGAGGAUAACAGUGCAGCUGUUUUGUGAUUUGUAUUAUUAUUAUUAUUUCUUAUAUGCUCUUAUUGACCUGGACGCAGGAGCGGAGCCUUAUGCCAUUACGCACAGACCGGGAGCGGGGCUGCAAAUGGGCGGCAUAGGUGGCAACCUCUACCUCAGCAUGUUGAAUGGGACUGAAACGCAAACUUUCGGAAAGAACCCCGACAUCAGCAGUCACCUCCACCGAGGCGGCGGCGGCGGCGGCUGCAAGGACCUAUCCGAGUUCAAGAUGGGGAUCCAGGACGCGAGGUUUUACUACGCGGACCCGGUCCCCGGCUCGCAGGACUCCCUGGCUCUGCCGUACCACCCGGACCCGGCGGUGGGAGGCUACGGGGCUCAGUCCGGCAGGUUUUACGCGCAGACCCUCGGCAGCUGUCCGUUCGGCGGGGUGCGCUCUCCGCCGAGGAGCGGGGCCGGUCAGGGUUACGUCCCGCCGGCGGGAGACGGGUUCCCCGCCGGCGGGAAAGACUUGUACUCCCCGUCCUCGGAGGGUUACCCGGCGAGCUUCCAGCACGGCUUCCAGCGGCCUCCUCUCUACCCUUUACCUGGCCUACAGGUGUGCGGGAAGACCCAGGCUCUGCUCAACAACUACCCGCUGUGGGCCAAGUUCCACAAGUUCCAAACCGAGAUGAUUAUCACCAAACAGGGGAGGAGGAUGUUCCCCUUCCUGAGCUUCAACAUCAGCGUUCUGGAUCCGUCAGCCCACUACAACGUCUACGUGGACGUGGUUCUGGCCGAUCAGCACCACUGGAGGUACCAGGGCGGCAAGUGGGUCCAAUGUGGGAAAGCGGAGGGUAACAUGCCAGGGAACAGGAUGUACAUGCACCCCGACUCUCCCAACACUGGAACUCACUGGAUGAGACAAGAAGUGUCUUUCAGCAAACUCAAGCUCACCAACAACAAGGGCAGCACCAAUAAUGUGGCACAGAUGAUCGUCCUCCAGUCGCUCCACAAGUACCAGCCUCGUCUCCACAUUGUGGAGGUGAAGGAGGACGGCUCAGAGGAUCCCUACCUCUCAUCCAAAGCUCAGACCUUCAUCUUCCCGGAGACGCAGUUCAUCGCUGUCACCGCUUAUCAGAAUGCAGACAUCACUCAGCUGAAAAUAGACCAUAACCCCUUCGCUAAAGGUUUCCGCGACAAUUACGACACGCUGUACGCCCCUCCCGACUCUGAUCGCCUCACCCCCUCCCCUACGGAGGGCCAGCAGCUGCUGCCUGGCGGCUGCUACCCUCAGGGCUACCUCUCUGAGCCGUACAUGAGCCCGCUGCCCCAGAGCCGCUUCUUCAGCCGCGAGCCCAUCGGCGUGGGCCAGCAGCACAAAGACCCGGCCUCCAGCCCCGGUCCUCACAGCCGCUGGUACCUGCCGCCUCAGCAGGGUGUGGCCGCCAACCGGCUCGACUUCACUUCCUCCUACGACGGGGACUUCUCUGGAAACAGUUUCUACAAGCCCUUCCCCUUGCAGACGUCCGCUCACCACGCGCUCAGCUACUACCCAGAUCAUCCUUUCGCCUCUACGAGCGUUACCGUCUCAGGGGCCACCUCAGCGGGCUGGACCACCAGCCGGCCCACCCCUCAGUACCUCAGCCACCCGACUAAGCCCGCCCCAAGUCUGGGCUGGUUCAGACCCAUAUCGUCCUCCUCAUCCUCCUCAUCUUCUUCCACGUCGCCCGGCAACCCCCGGCUGCACCCGCCCUCGCUCCUGGAGCCCCUGCAGUCGCCCCUGCUGCAGGACAAGCCCAAAGACACUGUAGAGGUGACGGCGGAGGACCACUGGCUCGAGCCUCCCUCUGUGAAAUCAGCGGCCUCAGCCGACUCGGGCCUGUUUGAGGGCAGCGUGGUGGACAACAAGAAGAGGAGGGUGUCGCCGUACACGUCCAGCACUGAAAACUCCCCGCCUCCGCGCGGUGGAGAGGUCUGUGAGAAGGACAGCAACAGUGACGCAGACUACUAUGGCUACUACACCCACUGAAGACCUCACACGGUCGAAUCAGUCUCUCCCAGCGUUUCCCCCCACAGUCUCUCACACCGCCCUCAUGAACAUGUCUGUCCAGUCAGGUCAUGAUUAAGGGCUGGAACAGUCUCUGAUUCUGCUGCAGACAAAUACCAGUAUGUGCAGCAUCGUCUUCUGUCACGUCUCAAAAGUCCCCACCUUCAAAGUGUCGAGUGAUUACAGGAGAAACUUCCAAGGUUGCUGUCAAAGUUAGUGUUGAACAGAAGUGGAUGUGACUGGGUGAAGCUGCCCUGGAGUCACACAAACACCACGCAGACAAACAGACCUGUGACUUAAGCCCUUGAAACAUCUGGAGAUUUUAGGGAGGGGGGAUAAAAAAAAUGAUAUCUGCAUAUCUGCUUUGCUGACAGACGCCUGCAGGGAUUGUCUGUUCGUCCUGCGUCAAACACUCUCUCCGUCUCUUUUGUCUCCGUCUGUCUCUUCCUUCUCACCCUCAACCUUUCACACACGCUCGCAAUAUGCUCGCGGUCAUCUCCCCUGAUGAUUCUGAGCAGAAAUUACAUUUCACACGCACACACACAGUUGUCUCUCUGAAUCCGGCUCAGUUGGUUCAAUGCAGCGCCCACCGGUGGUUGCAGAGGAGCGCUGCAUGGCUGUGGGCAGAGUGAACUGAUGGCAGGAGGUUAAGAUGGCUUAGCAUGCACAUGUUCUGAAGCUCGGCAUGCUAAUCUAAGUCAACCCGCCUCGGAACAACCUUUUCUGUGUGUGUGUGUGUGUGUGUGUGUGUGUGUGUGUGUGUGUGUGUGUGUGUGUGUGUGUGUGUGUGUGUGUGUGUGUGUGUGAAGUAAAUCAACAACCACAGCAGAAAUACAAAAGUCCUGAGACAAUCAAACAUAUCUCACAGGUGUAAAGAGAAGAGCUUGUACCUGUUAAAGUUGCUAUGAAUUUUAGAUAUCAGAUAACAAUUCGCAUUUCAAAUACUGAAUAAUUUAGCUUCAUUAAGUCUGCAACGAUAAGUCGAUUCAUCGCUCAAACAAAAAUGAAUCCACAACAAUUUCGAUAAUCGUAUAAUUCAGGCCAAAAUAAGAGAUAAGAGAUAAGAGAUGGUCGUGUAUGUGGUGAGGUGGUAACCCUCAUCUUGAUUCAAAGAUGGUUUUGCCGUUGGAUGUGAACGUUCUCCUCGAUCUCUCUCUGACUGUAUGCUGACCCCUGCACGAUGACCUUUGACCCCGAUCGAUGGUCUGACUGGUUUUGAUCAUCAUCAUCAGGCAGUUCUGAUGAAAGAUACUGGCAGCUUUAAAACAUGAACGAAGCACCUACUUCAUAAACUUUUUGACUGCCCCUCACUGGGAUGUCACACGUUGAGAAGAACUAGUGAUAUUCACUAUCUGACAUUUGUAAUACUGGGUCUAAAUAAGAUCUGUAAACUGCUAAAAAAUAGCCCUAAAUGAUGAUAUGUCAAGGGAGAGGACAGGGGCCUACUGAAAAAAUUGUGCCAAUGUGUCGUAAAGACAUUCAGUGACACCAAUUUGUCAUCAACAUGGGAAAUGCUUCAAUUUUAAAGGAAUUCUUCACACACAAAAUGACCAUUUGUAUGUCAAUAACUUGACCCAUGUUACUUGAAUUCGCAUGCAUCCACAGUCAUCGAAGAAUCCAAAAAUGACCUAAAACAGAGUAAAUCCUUAAUGAACGUGGAGUCAUGCGAGGAAAGCAAAGUUUUCAUCACAUGACUGAUAUACAGACGGUUCAUUUUGUGGGUGAAGUAUUCCUUCAAGGUGUAGCUAAACCUCUUCUACUGCAUUAGCUUUGAGGUCAUUUAUGGAUAGGUUAUGUAAAACAUAGAAACCUGUGUGACACCUUUAAACUAACUGUAGAUGAACACAUGGCAGUAUUCAGAUUUUUCGAUAAGAGUUAAUUACCUCUACAACAUCUUAAUCUUAAAAUCCCAAAUCUUAAAGACUUCCAGUGCAGACGUGUUACAAAGUGGGUCAUCCAGACCGGCCACAUGCACCUGUAGGUAAACCGGCGAGGCCCUGUCACCCUCAGACGUCCACGGUAAACAGGAAGCACAAAGUGACCAGACAGACACUCUGAAUUUCCUCCCAAGUCUCGGGGCCAAUCAUGUCGUGACUCUGGCUGACAAGAGUCCCGGCUCCGAGCCCCGGUGACAGAAAUGAAGAGUGAGGCUGCAGUCGGCGCUGAUCAGAGAUCUGCUCCUCAUUCCUAAACCAGGUGUGCUAAUGGCGUCAGACAACACUGGAGGCUACAGACGGGCACUCGGUGCAGUGCAGGGUUACUUUAGUCUUUUUCUAAAGGGAGAGAGGAAAUUAGAAAUAAAUCUGCACUCUUGAAAUUGAGUUGAUUAAAACAGUAACAGCUCUAUAUAUAGUGAGAACAACCAGACAACAAAAAACAAUAAUACUUUGAGAAAUAGUUUCACAUUUUUAGAUUUGAUCUCAAUCUCAUUUCUGUAUGCACAAAAUUAAACUAGAGCCAGGAAAACAUUAACUUAACUUAUCUUAGCAUAAAGACUUUAAGCAGGGGCGAAACAGCUAGUCUAGCUCGUCAAAAAAAUACUCAAAACCCAUCAUAAAUGCACAAAUUGUCUUUGUUACACUUCAGUUUUUGUACGGAUGAAAACAAACAAGAUUUAAAGUGUUAAUUUGUGAGUUUACAGGUGCGUUGGACAUAACCGCGAGGAGUUCAGUUCAUACAGUUGAGACUUAAAUAUGGUCGGUAUUUUACAGGCUGAUUGCAGCAUUUUGGACUCAAUAUAUUUCAAUUUAACGUUACUUAGGCCGGCAAAGCUCUAACUAGGUCUGCGGCCCUGUUUGUCUUAUAGAGUGCUGCAGGGAUGAUCACACUGGUUCCCUCCACAAAAAACCAAUGGUAGUCUUCUUUUGGAUUAUUGCAGAAAAUAAUCUCUGUGGCAAACAAACAUUCAUGGUACUUCUUCACCAAUGAACACAACUUUUAUGAUUGUUGAAGCGUGAAUACAAUCAGCAGAAGUGAAAAGCUAACAUUAACCUAUAAAGGAACUCCACCACGGUCACAUGACUUCACGCCACCACCACUAAGCUAAAGGAGGACUAGAGUUGUAGUGCGGAUGUGUCAUCUCAUUAAGACAUGUAAAAGCUUCUAAAUUCCCCAGAUGGGUAUUUACUGACGUACUUUAUAUAGUAGAACAAAGCGUCAAAAUCUCUUCAGCUUGUUAAACAGAGACCUUAUUUAAGACAUCCAUCCCAAAAAAACAUUGAUUUCAAGACGAGGGACUCGUUUCUUUUCUUUUUUAACUCAUUACUGUAGCACACUUUUAAGGUUUCACGUCGGCACAAAAUUCAAGCUCUUUGCUGGUUUCAAACAAGCGUUGUCUAAAGACUCUGACUGCAGCACUCUGAUAAAAUGGUCUAAACAAUGAUGUUAAUGCAAAAAGGACAAACUGUGUGACAGCUCAGUCCUUUACCUGAACAUUUAAAUUGCAAAAUAAAAUGGUAAUGACGUGUUUAUGCUGAAAACAGAAUGGAUAUAUUGUAUGUUGCUUGUGUAACAUUUCCAAAAGAGGUACUAUGUAAAUUUUAUGUUGAAAUCCAUCAGAAGAAAAGGUGAUAAAGGUGUUCAACGGACAAUUCUUGCUUCAAGUGCAAUUAAUAGAAAGUAAAUUAGUUUAUGAGUAAUGGUGGCAUUGCAGGAAACAAUGAGAGAAAAGUUUAUGUGAUCACAGACAUGGACAAUGUCGGUUACUUAUUUUAACGUGCUGUGGUUUGUUGACGUGGUGCACCUUCAUGAGUGCAAGAUGUCACAUAAAAGCUGCAGAAUAAAAAUGCUUUAGACGCCUCAGGAACGCCACCUGCUGGAUAUCUCAGCUAUUGCAAUCAAUUUAAGCCAAUCCCUGAUGUUGGACCUCCAAUUCCUCCAUUUCCCAUGAGUCUGUGUUUCCCUCAUACAAACAUUUCCCCUCAGCAAGAGAAUACGACUGUGUGGGAACUGUAUUUCCAGAGAUUUUACUGUAUAAUAUAGAAAUAGAGGAGUGAAGAAGGGAGACCGGAUGAGGUCAAGCAACAAGCAUGUUAUUUUUGUGUGAUCCAUGUUCACUGUUUAUGUCGAGGGAGCAAUAAUCCUCCUUUGACGGUUUUGUUAAGAGCUUAUAAAUUGCAAAAAAUUUCUGAACUGGAAAAACUGUUAUUUAUUUUCAAAAGUGGCAUAAUUGUGUAUUGUAUUGUUGUUUUUUUAUUCAUGAAAUUAAAGCUUACA